AGAACGGGUCGAUAAUUAAUAGAUGCAAAUGCACUCUAGUGCUCUGGACCCAACUGUGGCGUCCGCCAGCUCUCUGGGUGUGAACGUCAGGGGUCCUCCUGUGCGUUUAUUCUUCAGGAUCUCUCUUGUAUUGUCACUGGGGUGGUGGGCAUUCAAGGAGUUUGGGGGGCUGGCUGUUGAAGUUCCAGAGAAAGCAAAAGUAGCACCAGUAAUGCAAGAAGGAAGGAACAGGAUAAAAGGCAACAAAAGAACAGUAGCCAAAAAAGAAAAAAAGUGAGAUAGAAGGGCAACCAUGGGCGCAGUCGCACUGGAUGAUGGCCCCAGUGGGGUGAAGGCUCCUGAUGGAGGAUGGGGCUGGGCAGUCCUGUUUGGUGGUUUCAUCAUCACAGGCUUUUCCUACGCAUUUCCCAAGGCUGUCAGCGUCUUCUUCAAGGAGCUGAUCCGUGAGUUUGGCGUCGGCUACAGCGACACAGCCUGGAUCUCCUCCAUCCUGCUGGCCAUGCUGUAUGGAACCGGUCCUCUGUGCAGCGUGUUAGUGAACCGUUUUGGGUGUCGACCAGUGAUGAUGGUGGGAGGCCUCUUUGCUUCCUUGGGGAUGAUCAUGGCUUCUUUCUCCACCAGCAUCAUUCAUAUCUACCUCACCACUGGAGUCAUCACAGGUUUGGGUUUGGCUCUCAACUUCCAGCCUUCUCUGAUCAUGCUAAACAGGUACUUUGACAAGAAACGCCCCUUGGCCAAUGGCCUGUCUGCAGCUGGAAGUCCUGUCUUCCUUUGUUGUCUCUCCCCACUGGGGCAAGUUCUGCAGCAUGAGUUUGGCUGGCGUGGGGGUUUCCUCAUCUUGGGGGGCAUGCUGCUCAACUGCUGUGUCUGCGGGGCCCUGAUGAGACCACUGGAAGCUCCCAAGAAAGCAGCAGACCAAGAGAACCUGGAAGCCAAGGCAGUGCAGAAGAAGCCACACAAGCUGCUUGACUUCUCGGUGUUCAAGGACAAAGGCUUCCUCAUCUACACCAUUGCAGCCUCCAUCAUGGUGCUGGGGCUCUUUGUGCCACCUGUGUUUGUAGUGAGCUAUGCCAAAGACUUGGGCAAUGAGGAUACUAAGGCUGCUUUCCUCCUGACCGUCCUCGGCUUCAUUGAUAUCUUUGCCCGGCCCACUUGUGGCAUCAUUGCAGGACUGAAGUGGGUGCGUCCACGCUGUGUCUACCUCUUUAGCUUUGCCAUGAUCUUCAACGGCACCGCUGAUCUCAUCGGCUCCCUUUCCACUGAGUAUUCCCACUUGGUGGUAUUCUGCAUCUUCUUCGGUAUCUCCUACGGCAUGGUGGGAGCACUGCAGUUUGAGGUGCUCAUGGCCAUUGUGGGCACAGAGAGGUUUCCCAGUGCCAUUGGUCUGGUACUGCUUAUGGAGGCCAUAGCUGUGCUGAUUGGACCACCCUCUGCAGGGCGGAUUCUUGAUGCAACCAAGCGUUACAUGUUCGUGUUUAUGGUGGCCGGCGUGGAAGUGGUACUCUCAGCUGUGGUGCUGGCCAGCGGCAAUUUCUUCUGCAUUGGGAAGAAGCCAGCGGAGCCGGAAGUAAAGCAGGAGAUGGCCGUGACAGCUACAGAAACGGAGCAGCUCAACAAACCCCCUGAGGAGGAAGAGGAGGUUGGGAAGGAGCUGAAGGAGGAGAGUGAGAAAGAAGACAAGGACAAGGACAAGGAGAAGAGGCCAGACAGUGUGAAAUUGGACUCCAUCGAGGUGGAGCAGUUCCUCAGGGACAAUACAGACAAAAACGGGGAAGUGGUUACAAAUCCAGAGACCUGUGUGUGAGAGGUGGGAGGUUAGGUAGCUCACUGAGACUAGAGACACUAAGCAGGAGGGAGCAAAACAAAAAAAUAUAUAUGUUUCCACAGAGAAAAUGGAAAAGUGGGACAAGCAAGGAUGUUGAAAAUCUUGUAUUUAUUUUAGCUGUAAUAUAGAUGUACUUUCUAAGGCUGUGCCAUAUCAGGGCACACUCCUAACAGGAAAAAAAAUUAAAACAAAAUAUGGACAAACAAUACAGAUGCACCGGAGAUGCACUCCACUCGAUAACUAAGUGAAACAGCCAGGGCGGGGGCAUCUCCUGCCAGAACCAGGCCCGUUUGUAUGGCUCACUCAAGCAGUUUGUAUCUCUUGUAUCUUGUAUCUUGUAGAAAACGGAACAUGACAUCACAAAAUACUAGCAGGGAUUGUCUGCUCCUGGUCUCACGUGUUUCAGAAGCAGAAGGUGAUUGCUAGCGUGGCACCUGGUAGCUGUGCGUGGAUCAGCAGUUUGCAAUGUGAGGACUGAGAGUUCUGUAGCUGGUGCUCAUGGGGAAUAUAAUUCUGCUUCCUCUGUACCUAGUGUCUGUUGCUUCUGUGAAAGGGACUACCUACCUGUACCUGUUUAAAGGGAAGAUCUGGGGGGUAUAAGUGGGUCCCCGUCUGCAGAGGGUAUAAUAAAAUGAGCAAAAAGGGAAAAGAAAUCUUUAAGUGCCGUAAGAAACAGGGCCACACUGCCGUAUUUUCAGUGAGCCGGACUGCAGCUGUACAAUGGCGAUCAAGGGAGAACUCUGGUAACCAGCCUUUGACAAGAUGUCACGGGCUAUUCAGAAAUAUAUUUCAGGUCUCUUGUUUUGAAAUGAAACUCCUAGAGACACUUCAAAUCUAUUCACAGUAUUUAUUUGCUAGAUACCUGUAUAUGGUUCACUCUUAUGUAGAUGUUUCUCAAAGGGAUUUAAAGUCAGCAUAUAAAGUAUUAAGUGAUUAUAUCGCUCCAGAAAAAAAUACCAUCUGAGGUAUGAAAUUCAAAACCCGAACCAUAAAGUUUACAAACAAAAACCAUGACGGGGAAGGGACAUCAUUUAAUGAGCUGUGUAUUGUUAAAAGACCAGGUGCUGGGAAGCAGUGCUGCCUAAAACAGAAAUAUUAGCAACAUAACUGAUUUACUGGUGUGUUUGCAGUAGAAAGAAGACUGUGUGCUAUUUUGUGUUAUAUGUUGUCUAUAACUGUGGGACUGCAGCUUGUAAUUGUUCCGAUAAUGGGUUGAGGAAUUAAUUCCACUGGAGCUAAAACUUGAAUUAGGAGAGCAACAACUGGGCUAGGUUUUGGGGUUCUGAAUCUUACAUGCAGAAGCUUAUUUCUCCCCAGAAUUGCAAUACUAGCAUAGUGGGAGCAAUGUGGUGAGAAGGGAGAAACAUGCAAACAAGUGCCCUCAAUGUGUCCUGUCCUGUUAAAAUCAGAAAGUGUCACUUGUGCUUACUGAUGCAUUGAGACCCACAGUAUCUCUUAUGAGAAUAAGGCUGGAAAACACACAAACUGCAGUCUACAUCAACUGCUUACAUUGUCAAUUUAAUUUAAUUUUUAUUAUUUUUAUUUUUUUAUUUUCAUCUAAUCAUACCAGAAUGAGGAAUUUCAGCCCAAAGUUUUAAGGUAUAUUUUUAAUGAAAGGAGGAUAUGUUGCUUCUGCAACCUGUUAUAAUUUAAUUUUUAUAUCUUAAAUAAAGAAAAAUAAAUGGAUUCAGAGUUCCUAGCUGAUGUGAGGUAGAUUCUGAUCUACACCUGUAUAGGUGUGUCUGUGUGUGGCACACUGUUUUAAAAGCUUUGCUGAGUGUUGUGGGAAUUUGUGCGUGUGUAGUAUAGUAACUGGCAAUUAAAUAGAUUUUAAUACCAAAAACUUUUAUUCGGUCAGAUGGCUCUUAACCAGCUUCAUCUCUAAUGUUGAUGUUUAUGAUUAUAAUGUUUAAGGAAAACAGACUGCACGCUGUGAUAAACUGGACAUUUUGUGGUAACACAUAAAUGUAAAUUGAUUUUAUAAAAACAAUGAAGACAUUCUUCAUUGAGGGCUUUUUAAAUGUUGCUGUCUAUAAUCUGCUCCUUGCUGCUGCACAGAAUGAGUUCAGACAGUGAAAGACUUGAAGAGGAAGGUCUUUGUUUGGACUGAGAAUAAUCAAUUGGCAGAGAGCAUGUAGAAAUGAGAACAGCCAUGUCUUCGCCCAUUAGGAUAAAAAAGUAAAGUCUGGAGAAUUUCUUAGGAUCCUCAUAAGCUAAUAAGCAAUACAAAUAUACCUUCAACUCUCAAAAACAUGACACAAGAUCCAUCAUAAAGAUCAAUUAAUUUACAAAUAAAGGUAAAAUACUUUCAAUUACCCAUGAUUUAAACUUAAAAUUAGAAAUGUUUAUGAAGUACUCUUCCUUUUCUUUAUUCACUGCUGACCCACCAGCAGGAGAGAGUUAUGGAUAAGGGUCAAAAUGCCUGAUGAAAGCUGGAUUCCAUUUGAUGGCAUUGAUUUCUGGCCAACAGCAAUAGGCAAUACAGAUAUUGACUAAGGAGAACAUCAGUAGAUGUAUACAAAAAAAAGCAAUUUCCAGCACCUCCUGUCUCCCAUUCCCUUCAUCACAGCACUGCAAUCCACUCUUUUAAUGAAAUGUCUACCACCAGCAUUAGAGAAGGGGCUUAAUAUUACAUUAGAUAUAAUUUGCUAGUGCCUUAAUAUAUGCACAGGGAAUGUCUUCAUAGCACCUAUAUAUUGCAAAGUCCAUUCAUGCCCUAAAAUUAUAAUUCCAAAGAGUUUCCUGAAAGAAAACAGUUCCUUUCACAUUCAAAACACAUAAUGGCAUCCAACCCAUCUUUUCCAUUCAACUCUAGUCAUACAAAAGAAAGAACAGCGUUAAAUAAGAUGUAGAGUAAAAUAGCCUUGCUUUCCUAUCCAGAGAUUCCUACAGAUUGAUCCUCAAUUUUCAUAACCAGAGAUUCCUACAUUUGGAUCCUCGAUUUUCCUAUUCAGAGAUUCUUACAGACGGAACCUCGAUUUUCAAUUAAUGGAAUUCUCACCUUUUGCAAUGGGCUAUUCCAACUGGGCAGUCGGGCCAAGGAGUUUAAAACCUAUUGCACACAUCUGGCCACUUGCUCCAACCCUUCACAAUCUUGAGAGGCUGAAAUAAACAUCCAUUUAUGGUCCUUCACUUUGAUCGGCACUCUGUGCAGCACAGCUAAGUGUCACAGCAGGCCAGCUUGGCGUUUUCAAAGAUUUUUUAAUCUUCUGUCUGACCGAGGCUUUAUACAUUUGUGUCUUGAACUAGUAUUGUGCUUGAAAGUUACAACAGCCAUUAAACAACAGUGUUCUUUCACCUCUUCCCUUAGCUAUUAGGAAAUUAAAAAAGGGAAAGACUGUUUUCUGAGUACACAUUUCAUUCAUUUCUUAACUUUUAUUUGCAAGCAUAUUUUGUUACCUUUUCAUCCACAAUUCAGCAUUCACAGUUAAUUGUAACUUGCCUCUUCCAACUGUUUUUUGUCUCCAUUAAAGCAAUUCCUGUCCAAUACUGGGUGGUACAGUAAGUCAUAUAUGAAAACAAAUUCUCUCUAAUCAAGAUUCUAAUUUACAAAAUCCCUUUUUGGCAACUGUAUGCAUUGAAAAAUGCCUCCUAUAUGUCUUAAUGUAGUCCUUCAUAUAUUUUGCAAGUUUAAAUAGGACAUACAAUUACAAUCCUUUAUAGAAGAUAUCUAAAAGGCAUUUUAACUUCUUCUAGGGAGUACAAUAUAAGUAGUCUUUGUACUGUUCCUUUCCACGUUUGAAACCUCUGUUCAAGUACCUCUGUACCUUCUGAAGAAGAGUUGUGGAAAUACAGAACAAGCAACCCAGCUAUCUUGAUGAAGUCGACACUCUGGCUUCUUUCAAGAUGACAUUUUUGGAUAUGGUUUCUUCGUUACCUCUAAUUGGAAUACCAUCUAUUUGCACCAGUACACAGGUCUUGUUCCUCAGUAUAAUGCACCUUUCAACAUUUCUACUGCCUUCAAAAGGCUUGGUGUUCUGUAGAGGAGGCCAAUUCUAUAAAGAGCAUACUGUCUAGUUACCUUCGUUUUUCUACACAUUUUAUGAUCGAUUGACUGAAGACAUGGAUCACUUUAUUGCAUUUCCAAUGUCACAGAGAAAUAAUGUGCAAUAUGAAGCUGUUUUUUAUCACCUAGUGUCAUAGGGUGGGCGAUUAACUACUUUUCCAAGACCUGGUGCCUGUGAAAUGAGCUAAAACUGAUGUUUUUUUCAUUUUAUUUGAUAAAAACUAAAUCAAUAAACAUAAUUCAGAAUUAUUAGGAGCCUAGUCAUUGAGAAGGCUAUAAUGUGAGAAGUAAUUUCAAAAGUAUAGGUCAAAUUUCCAUCUUUUUCACUGUUGGUGUUUGAAGGGACACGUACUGUACAAAGAUAUUAUAUUUAACCUGGAAAGAGGCCUGAGAUGGAUCAGUUCAAUAGCUCUGAGCUGUCUGAGCAGUCUGCUUGGGAUUAGCAUGAUAUUUUAUGCCCUUGCAGCUUCAGUCUCAGUCUUGUCUGAGUUGUUUUAACGGAGACAGAACCUUUUGCUAGACGGCUAAUAGAACAGACCAGUUACUUCAGUAAAUCAGGCGCCUGUCCUGUAGUGUUUUUGCAGGCUCUGCUGGAUGCUGAACAUUGUAAUAGUCUCUAUAACAGUAUUUAUGUAUUUGUGUGUGCGUGUGUGUGUUCAGUGUUCCUAUAUGACUUGUAUCAAUGUAUCAUGUUAAGAAACAUAAUGACUGUAAACUGCUUGAAGCUGAAAAGGGGAGGGGUGUCCUAAACUGGUGAAUUAAUCUUUGAUGCUGAUGAACAUUUGGUUCUGCACACUGAAGCAGACUGCUUUGCUUUCGUCUUUGUGCUACUAAGAGCAUGAUAGCAUGUACCAGGUUUCUGAGUGUUGCAAAAGGGCAUAAAGUGCCACAUAGCACUGCCAUCUUUGAUCUUUCUGGGACCAGUCUUUAUAUCAUGAGGACAACAGAGAAAAUGUACCUUAUGCCACAUUACCACCAGGAAAACUGCUACACAAUAAUAGACCUUGUCAGCAUUCUAAUUUGCACUUCUGUAAUUAUGUGCAGAAAAGACACCCUGUGGGUGUCCAAAAACUAAUGGCAUGAAGGGAUGGUAAAAAGGAAAGCUAAACCCCAUUUGAUCAAAUGCACACUGAAGUGCAUAGUCACGUCUGUCACAUUAAUCAUAUACAGCUAUGCAACAGUACACCAUUCCUAUGAAAUGCAAACACGCAUACUAUGUAUUUUUGAGAAAUGUGGAUUACAUAAAAAUACACUAUCCACAUUCCUGACAGAAGAAGAAAAUAAUAGUGGGGUUUAAUGAAGAUGUUCAAAUAUUAAUUUUGAGCAGGAAGUAUUUUGCACUAGCCUUCUUAAAGCCCGGAAGUCUCUAAACUAACCACACUUUUAACAUAGAUUGUCAUUCCCGUUCAAAGAGUCCUGUACAAAAUGUGGCAGUUUGUCCAUAUGAAGUGCUUUGAAACAGAGGAAUGUGGUAAAAGAUCGAAACUCCCACAAGCAUAAGGCAGAGGUGUGGGUCAUAACAUUCUGAGUCUUUUGUAACAUAUCAAGCAUGUAGACGGUGUUCCCUGAAUAACAAUGUACGUCUACACAAUUCAAAUCACAGUGGUACAUACUGUAGUUCUAAAAUAUUGCUGUUCAAGCAUGGAAAAAGACUGAAACUGUUUUUGUGUAAGUGCAAAACUUACUUGAAAUCAAAGACUUCACCUUUAAAGUUGUAUGCACGGAGAAAAUCACAUUAAUUUUCUUACUGCUAUUGACAGUUGGUGAAAAGACUAGUCAUGGUGCAGAGUUAUUGUUCUUAAACUCUGAAAGGGAUAAACCAGCGAUGAGCAGAGUUUCUCAUCUACCAGACCAUACGGCUUUCAGUUGAAAAGGCCACUAUAGACCAUUAGAUCUCAUUUACUAAUUUCGAGUGGAGAACAAACGCUACCUUCUCUGUUAUUUAGAUGUUUGUUCUUCCCCAAGUGUAAGGAUAGCACUACAAUAUCAAGGUCAUUUCAAUUCCUAUUCUCAUAGAUAAAAAUAAAAGCAAUAUUUUCUCCCCAACCUGAUUUUCUCUAGUCCCUAAAAACCCAGGGCACAUCGUUCCUGAAAGACUUAUCAUUUCAAACCAAGGGGCACUGCAGGUAAAUCAGGAAUUCUCCACUAACCAUCCUUGAUCUUGCUGUAUCACUUUUUACUACCAAGCCCUGUACUGCUGCUAACUGCAGGUCCUUUGCAAAAUCCCCCCCCAAAUCAAAUGUCAUUAGAUUAUACUUAGAAAAGUAGAGGUCUGCUGUCUCAAGUCGUCUUUAGCAUUAAGCCUAGAAGGCUAAUGAUCUUGUUUGCAGCUACAAUGUAUUUAUAUUGUUGCAAUAUUAUUAUUGCUGUUUUGACCAGAAUUCAGUCUGCUGUAGUGUGCUUCUCAGUCUGGGGUGCUAUUUCAUUUAUAGCCAGUAUAAAGUCAGUCAUUCCAGGACCCCCUCCAGAGUGCAGGGAAGAGGUAGUAUUGAGGGUUGUGAAACUGUAAAAAAAAUGUUUUAAUUUUCUAAGAUAUUAGAAAAACAAGGAAAAUUUUAAAAAACGUUAUCUUACGGCCAGGAUUGCCCUGUCCGUCUACACUGUUCUGCGAAUGCACUUUACUCUCACCUCACCUGUAGAAGAUACUGUAUUUUUUACAUGCUUUUAUAGUGACCUGUUGCAAACCUAGUCAAUAAAUAUUUAUUCUGUUGAAA